ACUCAAGGAGAGAAAAUAACAGUUUAAUGCUUUUAUUACCAUAAGCAAUUCUAUUAUAAAGUCUUUUUGAUCUGUUGAUUACACUAAGCAAUUAAUAUAAUGGACUGAUAUAUCCUUUCCAAGGUCAUUUACAUAUCAACAUCCUAGGGGAAGUAUGUUAAAAAUUCUCCACAAAUUCUUCUCACAAGAAAGGACCACUGCUUGGAUCCCAGCACGUGUUGUGCUGGGAGUCCUAGUAUUUACAAUCUCAGCUGCAUCAUGCAUGCAUGGUUCCAACAUGGGGAUCAUAAUUAUUGACAUGGUAGCUCCACCAACAACAUCAAUAUUUGGUGACUCUAAGUGCAAACCUGGGAAUGAAAAUUUCCAAACCGAUAUUACACUACAACCUCAGAUAACUGAGAGGUACAGCUGGAAUCAAGUCCUACAGUCUGUUAUACUUGGAACUUACUAUCUUGGAUACAGCACAACACAGAUCUUUGGAGGAAUGCUGGUAGAGAACUUUGGAGCCAGAAGUGUGGUUCUUGUAACCUCUUUAUUAUCUUCUUUUUGUACUGCAUUAAUUCCAUUAUGUGCUCAAGGUCACUACACACUUGUCAUACUGAGCAGGUUCAUCAUUGGUCUCUGUGGGGUAAUCUAUCAACAUGUUUUUAUUCAUACUGAUGUUAUUAAAAUGACACUUUAUUUCUACCACGAGCCAGAUUACCCAAUAACUGAGAGGUACAGCUGGAAUCAAGUCCUACAGUCUGUUAUACUUGGAACUUACUAUCUUGGAUACAGCACAACACAGAUCUUUGGAGGAAUGCUGGUAGAGAACUUUGGAGCCAGAAGUGUGGUUCUUGUAACCUCUUUAUUAUCUUCUUUUUGUACUGCAUUAAUUCCAUUAUGUGCUCAAGGUCACUACACACUUGUCAUACUGAGCAGGUUCAUCAUUGGUCUCUGUGGGGGUGCCAUGUACUCUGCUACGCAUGCUGCAAUUGCCCACUGGAGUCCACCCAAUGAAAAAAGCAAAUUUCUCUGGUGCACAAUAGGUGGAACAUUUGGAACAAUGGUGGCAUUUCCACUGUGUGGAGCCAUUUUGAACUUCUUGGGCUGGCAGGCUGCUUUCUAUGUCACAUCAGGAUUGAUGCUAAUUGUUUGCUUAGCAUGGUCUUUAUUCAUGUACAACACACCGCAAGAACAUCCCCAAAUAACACAGGAUGAACUGCAGUACAUACAGAAUGCCAAUGGAUACAUUUCCAAAAAUAGGAAACCAAAAUUCCCAGUAAAGAAGGUGUUCACAUCUGUUCCUGUCAUAGCAUUGGUGAUUCUUCAAAUUGGUGAUGUCUGGGGGCUAUUCCUUGCAGCAAAUUACGGCCCCAAAUUCAUGAAGGAAGCUUUGGGAUUUGAUCUCCUAUCUACAGGAGGAUUAGCUGCACUGCCUCACAUGUCUCGAUUAAUAUUUUGGACAAUCUUCAGUGCUGUAACAGACAGCAUCCAUGCAAUGAAACUGAUGUCUAUUACACGCCUGAGGAAAACAAUGACCAUCUUCUCUCACCUGGUACCAGCCAUCUUCUUAUUCUUGGUGGGCGAACUGGGCUGCAUGCCAUACAUUUCCAUUAUGUGCCUUGUACUUUGUCUGGGGUUCAAUGGCGCUGCUGUAGGCAGUUGCUUAGCCAAUCCUCAUGACUUGACUCCCAAUUUUGCAGGUACAAUAUUUGGCAUACAAAAUGGUGUAGCUUCCAUAUUCAGUGCAAUGUCAGGCUUCAUAGUGGGUGCAAUAACUAAGGAGAAGAAUGGACUGGCAGAAUGGAAGAUCAUCUGGGAAACUGGCGCAGCAGUAUACAUAUUUACUGCUAUAUUGUUCUUCAUGUGGGGAACUGGUGAAAGACAAGAAUGGAAUGACAGUGGUGAUUCUACAGUGCCUGAAGAUAAUUCUAAGGCUGCAUCUCAACAAACACCAGAAACAUAAAUAGCAGAAAAACAAAAUCACCAAAAAUGAUUAUUCAGAAUUAAAACCAUAUUAAACAUAAAUAAGAUUUAGUUGCACUGAUUAUUCAAAUUUAAGAUUAAAAUGACAACUAUUUUAC